UGAGCCUCUCAGUGCUUCAGUGGAUUCCACACCAUCACAGAGAGAAAUGUCUGACCAAAACGUCCGCAAUGCUGGUUUCUCUCCCUCCGGGAUCAUAGGAGGAUCGCUUGCUUCAUCAAUGAUGUCCAGGGAAGCAAAAGCUUCUGGGGGAGGCGUGUGCUCUGGAGGCCCUACCUCUACUCUCCAGGAAAUGGGUGCCAGAGGCUCAACCCAUUCAUCAGGUUUUACUAGCAGUGGCAUCUCCUCUGGAUCCCGGGCCUCCGAGAUGAUGUCCAAGGAGGCCAUCUCUCACGGAGGUGGAACUCCCCGGGGUGGUACAACUUCCACUGUCCAAUCCAUCUCAAUGGGUGGCAAAGGAGGAAGACGCUGAACAGAAGAAAAACAUCAGUCCAGAAGUAAGCUCUGCAAGCAGUUCAUCCUUUACCAGCGGUUAUCUGACAGCUCCUCCCCUUCUUUGCUUUCCCUGUCACUGCAUGAAAGGCAAAGCCUUUUACACAUGCACAAAUAAAGUAUCUUAAAAUGGUG